AUGGCGGCUUUCAGCUUCACCACCAACUGCCACUGGCCAACAUUCCAGCAACUCCACCAAGACACCGCCGUCUUCCCUCCAUCACCGGAGCUCUUAAGUUUCCAUGACAACUUUACCUUUUCCGAUACUUGCAUCAACAACCCAUUGUCAUUGGAGUCGAACCAUCACUUCUCAAGCUUCAACAAUGGAGUCACCACUACCAACCUCUCAUUUCACAGUCCCGUCAGAUACCCCACUUUAUCAUCAUCUUAUUUGCCACCCAUCACCACCCAACAACAUCGCUUACCGAAGCCAUUACCAGACCUUACCCAAUUAUCCAGCUUUACUCAUGGCCACUAUUCUCCGUAUCCCCAAAAUCCUAAUGUAUGGCCCAUGGAGCAGUUGCAGCCGGAACUGCCACCAUUGCCGGAAAUCUACCGGUAUGGUGGUUCUGCAGUUGAUCCUGUGAUGGAUACGUUUCAGGUUAAGGAGAGUAAUGAUGUACAUGUGACGACAGGGAAUCGUAAUGUAUGGGGGAGGUUAUCAGCGCAGAGUAUGGCGGCGAGAGUUAGGAGGCGGAGGAUAAGCGAGAAGACAUUAGAGCUAGGGAAGCUGGUACCCGGUGGUCAUCGGAUGAACACGGCGGAGAUGUUUCAGGCGGCUUUCAAGUACGUUAAGUUCUUGCAAGCUCAAGUUGGUGUUCUGCAACACAUCGGCUCAUCUCAGGAACAAAGUGAAGAACUUCACGCUUUGGUUACGUCCCCUUCCGUUCAAGAGAAGUUAUAUCAUGCGGAGAAGUGCAUUGUAACCCGGACACUUGGGGAAUCCUUGGCCGUUGAUCAUCAAGGAAUCAAUGAUAAAUGA